AUCUGAAAUAAAAGGCAAGAGUUAACACAGCCCCGCCCGGUGCCUGGAGGGAGGAGAGUCCCUCUGCAGGAACUCUGUCCUGCAGCUGCUGACUCAGGAGCCUGGAGAGCUUGGCCAGCGGUGCCCACAAAGGAAAACAGGGACCAAGGUCCUCUGCAGCACUGUCUUGGGACACUGCCCAGUCUGGGGACAGCCCUAGCAGGCUCCCUUUAGCUCAGGCUUGAUGGGAGUGUACAGACAAGGCAGCUGCCCUUGGCAAGCUUCCAUUGAGACAACAGCUUUACAUCCUCCAAGGAAUCACUCGCAUGAGACACUCGUGCAUCGAGUCCACAGGUGCACAUCAAGUUACUCCCUAAUUCAGCCACUCAAAGUAGAUAGAUUCAUUCAUAUAAUUUCAGAUCAGAAAGGACAGUUUAGUGAUACAGAUCCCUGGAGAGCUGUUUUAAGCGAUUCCAGCCAAGCCAAGGAUCAUGUUUUAGGAAAUCACCCAACAGGUGGGAGCAGAACCUCAGAGCAGGGCUGGUAUCAAGAAGGGAUGGAGGCAGAUGAUAAAGGGACACCACAAGCUUGCCCAGAGCACUCAUCAGAAGCAGCAGGACAGUUGAUGAUAGAGCAGGGAUUUUGAACAUGACCCAGCACCCAAGGCUAUCCUUUACCAAAUACAUCAAUCACAAGCUCACAGAGGCAAGCCCUGCAAUCCCCCAAAUUAUGUGGAAACACUGCUCCUGCUCAUAGCUGAGCAAUAAACAUGGCAAGGUAAAAUGGAGGUACUACUAGAAUUUGCACAUCAAGAUCCCCAGCAAGCCAAAGCCAGAAUUGAAGAAGCUACUCAAGUUUUGAUGCUCUGCCACAGAAACCAGCUGGAGCCCCAGAACACAAGCUGCAAGGCUUGGGAACGUUCACAUAAAGCCAGUGGUCGCCUCGCCCUCUGCUGGGGGUUGCACAAAGGCCACUGCAGCUGCCAGUGUGGCUUUCUGUCAGCCCAAAGCCUUUGGCAGGGCCUGACACUGGCUGUACUUCACCACUGCCAGAGCUCUGAGCAGGUUCUGUGAUAUUCCAACAGCAGCACCUUGUCCUGAACCGUGGGCAGCCAAGCACAGCUCUUCCUUCUGGGUACUCCACCUCCUUCCUUGUCCAAAACUAACAGAGCCAGAAGAAAGCCAUGCUUCUGCAUCCCCAUCUUCCUAGUUUUCUUUCCAUACUCACUUUUCCAUGCCGUGGAUUUUUUAUCCCUUCAUUUUCUUCUCCUUCUCUCUCCUGCUUCCCUGCCUUUCCCCCUCCCCCUGCUUUCUCUCCCUCUGCACUUUGUGAACUGCUGCGGCAGUGCUGAAGUCCAAAGUUCAGUAACUUGCUAAAGCACACAGAUAAAUAUGAACCUUGGAGAAUUUACAUUUGCUCCAAUGUAAACAGAUAGCCAAGGGUCCCUUUAUCAGCACUGGCUCAGGACAGUCGUGGGGGGUCUGAAGUGGCUCAAUUUUGUAUUUUGUUUUUUUGGGGGGGUGUAAAGGCGGGAGGCUGUGCUGUGCCCACUCUCCUGACAGUCGGGCGUGUUACCUCAGGAACAUGGUGUAGGGAAGCUGGAAGCAGGAUAACCUGAAAUUCAAACAAGAGACACCAGGCUGAAGACCAUGGUCUCGAAGCUGACUCAUCUCCAAGUGGAGCUGCUGGAAGCGCUGCUGGAGUCGGGGCUGACCAAGGAGACCUUGAUCAAGGCACUGAGCGAAGCGGAACCCUACGGGCUCCAGAGCGAAAGCCAGCGCGCUAUCAAUGCCCUCCAGACUGAAAAAGGGGAGCCCUGUCCCGACAUCCCCAACCUCCCCAACGGAAUGGGGGAGUCCAGGAUGUCAGAAGAUGAAACCUCAGAUGACGGAGAGGAAUUUACCCCUCCAAUAAUGAAGGAGCUGGAGAACUUGAGCCCUGAGGAGGCUGCUCACCAGAAGGCUGUGGUGGAAAGACUAUUACAAGAGGAUCCCUGGCGAGUAGCAAAGAUGGUGAAGUCUUACCUCCAGCAGCACAACAUCCCUCAGCGCGAGGUGGUGGACACCACAGGUCUGAACCAAUCCCACCUCUCACAACACCUCAACAAGGGCACUCCCAUGAAGACCCAAAAACGGGCAGCCCUGUACACCUGGUACGUCCGGAAACAGCGAGAGGUGGCCCAGCGUAAGUAUGGCAACAACUGCUGCCCUGUCUCAGUCUCACAAAGGCUUCUGCUCUCCCUUGCUCGUCCUUACUCCGUUUUAUUUUCAAGGAAAAAAUUCCCUUGCCCCUUUGCACUUGCAGAAUUCACACACGCUGGCCAGGGUAUACUGACAGACGAGCCCAUGGGAGAUGACCUGCCCACCAAGAAGGGAAGAAGAAACCGCUUUAAGUGGGGUCCUGCCUCACAACAGAUCCUGUUCCAAGCCUACGAGAGGCAGAAAAACCCCAGCAAAGAAGAGAGGGAGGCACUGGUGGAGGAGUGCAACAGGGCAGAGUGUAUUCAGAGAGGUGUUUCCCCAUCUCAGGCCCAGGGGCUGGGCUCAAACCUGGUGACAGAGGUCAGGGUUUACAACUGGUUUGCCAAUCGCAGGAAGGAGGAGGCUUUCCGGCACAAGCUGGCCAUGGACACCUUCAGUGGACCACAGCCCACCUCUGCCCCUUCUCUAACUCCCCACAGCUCUUCCUCCCUCCAGCCACCACCUGCUCUCUCACCCAGCAAAGUUCACGGAGUGAGGUACAACCAGCAGCCAGCCAGCGAGGCAGAGUCCUCCAGCAGCAACCACCAUGGGAACAGCUCCAUGGUGACCACUCAAACCAUCCUGCAUCAGGUUUCUCCCCCUGGACUGGAGCCCAGCCAGAACCUGCUGAGCACAGACACUAAGCUGGUAUCAGCUCCUGGCGGAACUCUCCCUCCUGUCAGCACCCUGACUGCCCUGCACAGCCUAGAGCAAAGCCCACACACACUGAGCCAGCAGACCCAGAACCUGAUCAUGGCAUCCCUGCCGGGGGUGAUGGCAAUCGGGGCCGGCGAGACCCCGUCCCUGACACCCGCCUUCACCAACACCGGAGCCUCCACCCUGGUGAUCGGCCUGGCCUCAACCCAGCCCCAGAGUGUUCCUGUAAUAAACAGCAUGGGGAGCAGCCUCACUACCCUGCAGCCUGUCCAGUUCUCCCAGCAACUGCACCCAUCCUACCAGCAGCCCCUCAUGCAGCAAGUCCAGAGCCACAUCAACCAGAGCCCCUUCAUGGCGACCAUGGCUCAGAUACAGAACCCUCACGCUCUCUACGGCCCCAAAUCUGAAGUGACUCAAUACACGCACACAGGCCUCUUACCACAAACCAUGGUGAUAACAGACACAGCCAAUCUCAGCGCCCUGACCAACCUGACACCAACUAAACAGGCAUUCACACCUGACUCAGAGACUCACACUGAGUCUGGGAUGCACACACCAGUGUCACAGGCACCAACAAUCCAUCUACAGAACCAGGACACAACCAUCCAGCACCUUCAGCCAGCCCCACGCCUCACCUCGAGCCCUGCUGUGUCCUCCAGCAGCCUGGUGCUGUACCAAAGCUCCGACUCCACCAACAGCCACAGCCAGCUGCUGCCAUCCACUCACAACGUCAUUGAGACCUUCAUCUCCACACAGAUGGCAUCUUCCACCCAGUAACCACCACAAGUAGCUCCUGAGCGACUGCCACCACCAACCUGCCAAGGUGUGACUCCAGCCGUGUUUGCCACCACAGCUGCACACAAGCCCCUUCUCAGCUGCCUUCAGGAGAGAAAACGUCUCAGGCUCAAGACAGAAAACAUGGAAAGAUGAUGCUGGAACUGCUAAACUCCACUGUCCCCCCCUCUCCCAAAACAGCAAACCUACACCACAGGAGCCAGCUCAGAAUGGCCAGACAUCCUUUUGUGGCUGCCCAAGAAGGAAUCCCAACGCUGCCAGGACGUGGAUGGGACUUUCAUUCAGCUGUACUUUGAUCAAGCUGGGCCUGUACAAACCUGCCAACACCAGGCUAAAUCAUGUGGGAAAGAGCAAAGCUGAGCUGCCAAAGAAGGGACCACCUUUAAACACUCUCCUCCUUUGCUGCAAGGAAGCACCAACAGGAACUAGAAUAAAUAACAGCACCCUGGAAGUUUCUGACUUUGCAACAAGAGCAACCAAGAAACAGAUUUGAGAAUGGCUUGGCACAAACCUUUGAGUAUGGGGUCACCAACAAGCUACAAACCCUGAAUUAACUACCAAAAUACCAAACAUUCUCAGUUAAAAACGACCUCCUCUAAAAUCAUGCUAUCCUAGUGGAAAUGGCUUGGUUGUUUUUGAUAUAGCUCUGCUUUGUUUUAAAUGCAGAAAUUAAAGUUUAACAACUGCAAGGAGAUUCCA